AUGAACACAUUUCCAAAACAAUGUUCGGCUCUUCAUAAAAAUGAUUACAUAGUCAUCAAGGGACGUCCAAGCAAGGUGAACAAGUUUCGAAAAAAUUUCAAGUCUAAACUCUUUCAGAUCAUUGAUAUAUCCACCCUAAAUUCUGGUGAACUCCACAUUUUCGCUUUGGAUAUUUUCACCAACCAGAAUCUUGAGGAAACCUUCCCACCCACUCAAAACAUUGAUGUUCCAGUUGUCGAACGUCGUGAAUAUCAGGUAAGGAAUAGAGGGACUAGGAAAUUUCUAGUCCCCGGGGUUUAUUUCAGUUACUCGAAAUCGAAAACGGCUAUGCCAGCGUAUUUUGCGACGAAGGUGAUGAGCCGAAAGCUGACAUCAAGAUCCCAGAAAACGAAAUCGGUCAGCAAAUCAGAGAUGCUUUUGAGAAAGACGAGGGGCCAGUUAUAGUGAGUAAAUAUAUUUUAGAUUUUUCAUAGAAUUUCUUUAAAUUUCCAGGUUCAAGUCAUAUCCGCUUGCGGUGAAGAAGCUAUUAUUAGAUUAAAAACCGACUAG